GGUUUUCUGUAGAAGAGGACACAGCAGGCCAAAUCAAAUCAAAACUGACGAAACCAUCAGUAAGAGUGCAAGGACAUGAGGAGCCUAGCAAUCGUUCUUAUACUAACUGCACUUGCAGUGGUGGCUCAAGCUACUGUGCAGUGUCGUCCAAGAACAUGCUCCAGGGGAUAUUACUUCAACUACGAUACAUGCGCCUGUGAUACCUGUCGAAUCACCACCUGCCCAACCGGACAGCGCUUCAAUGCAGAGAAGUGCAAGUGUGAGUGCAUCUACCGCCAAUGCUCAGAUGGGAAGACUUUUGAUGAGCAAUCCUGCGACUGCAAAUGUCCUCAUCAACUUUACUGUGCCAGGCCGAGAGAGUUCAACUCAGACAGUUGCCAAUGUGAGUGCCGAGGAGACCAAACCUGCAAAGCUCCGUUUGAAUACAACCAGAAACUCUGUCGAUGUGUGUGCCCACAAAAACAAUACUGUCCACCUGGUAAAAUGUUCAGCUACAAAAAAUGUGGGUGUCUUUGCUUUUUUCAGAGAGAUUGCCCUAAGCCCCAAGAGUUCAAUUCCGAGACCUGCCAAUGUAAAUGCCCAGCAAUUAAGUUAUGCCCGACUCCAAAACAGUUCAGUAGCAAAAGCUGCGAUUGCGAGUGCCCGGACAACUAUAAAGUGUGUCUUCACUCGGCACAAAGGUACAAUCCGAAUUUGUGUCGAUGUGAAUGUCCCGUGGUUCGAAGGUGUCCACCUGGACAAAAAUUCAACAACAAAACAUGCCAAUGUGAAUGUCCAACACCAAAGCCUAAAUGUACCGCAGAGCAAGUGUUUGAACCUGUCUCCUGUCAAUGCAAAUGCUUAAACAGACCUAAAAAAUGCCCCGAUCCUCAGCUAUUCGAUGAAGAGUUUUGUCGCUGCAAAUGUCCCAAAUAUCAGAAUUGUCCUGGACGUCAAGUAUUUAAUGGUCAGACUUGCGAAUGUGAAUGUCCAAUACCAAAGCCUAAAUACAGUGCGGUACAAAUAUUUAAUUCCAUCUCCUGUCAGUGGGAAUGUCCUCACAAGAUAUGCUCUUAUCCUCAGGUUUUCGAUGCAAAAUAUUGUCGCUGCAAAUGCCCUAAAAAUCAGACUUGUCCCAGAGGACAAGUGUUUAAUGGUCAGACUUGCCAGUGUGAAUGUCCAAAGCCAAAGCCGACAUGCACCAAAGCUCAAGUAUACGAUGAAGAGUGCUGUGCUUGCAAAUGCCCUUACAAACCACCACAGUGUCCGUAUGGGCAGAUAUUUCAUCUUGAUACGUGUAAAUGCAGCUGUCCUGAGAUUCUUAAAUGCCCUAGAGGACAGGAAUUUGAUUACACUUCCUGCAAAUGCCGAUGUCCCAAACCCAUUUCAAAGUGUUAUCCUAAUCAAAGGUUCAAUUACGUCUCUUGUGAGUGCGAGUGCCCAAAAGUACACAGUCCAUACACAAACCAAACGUUCAAUGACACGAUUUGCGAAUGGAGGUGUCCUAAAGAACUGACAUGCCCGAAAGGACAACAAUUUAACGCUCAGAAAUGUGUCUGUGAGUGUCCUUACCCGUACCCAACAUGUACAUCAAAUCAAGAAUUCAAUUAUGGGAAUUGUAAAUGCGAGUGUCCUAAGAAACCAACAAAAUGUCCCUACUCUGCUCAGAUAUACGACUAUGAAUAUUGUAAAUGUGUCUGUCCUGUCAUAAAGAAAUGCCCGGGAAACCAGCACUUCAACCGAGAGACGUGCGAGUGUGAGUGUCCAUAUUCUAGACCAUCCUGUACCAAAGCUCAAGUCUUCAACGAGAUAUCGUGUCGGUGUGAGUGCCCUUAUAUUCCUGAGAAGUGUCCAUACUCAACUCAAGUAUUCAAUGGUAAGACGUGUAGCUGUGUAUGCCCAUACAGUGAAGAAAGAUGCUAUGGAGGCCAAGUUUUCAAGAAUGAUGCAUGCGCCUGCGCUUGUCCAAAAAAGCUAAACUGUACAUCCCCUCAGAAGUUCAACGAAUACUCAUGCCAAUGUGAGUGCCCAGAUCGACCAAAGUACUGCCCAAGUGGCAAAACCUUUAACGAGACUAGUUGUAAAUGCGAAUGCCUAAGUACUCUAAAAUGCAAAGGAUACACCGUUCUUAACGAAGACACUUGUGAAUGCUACUGCCCCAUCCAGACAUGCCCUCAAGGCCAGUACUUUGAUAGCAAUACUUGCAGCUGUGUGUGUAUCUACAAACCAUCCUGCCCCAGAUAUAAAGUGUUCAAUACAAAAACGUGUGAGUGUGAUUGUGCUUGGGUUGAGACUUGUCGAUCUCCACGAUACUUCAGCCAUGACACAUGUGCUUGCGAAUGCCCUGCCAAGAAAGACUGCCCUGCCAACCAAAAGUUUGAUCCAUACAAGUGUACAUGCAAAUGUAUCAAGAGCCCCUAUUGCGCAGCAAAUUUUGUUUUCGACAACCAGCAAUGCGACUGCGUCUGCAACCGUCAAUGCACUCCACCUUUAACCCUCGACAAAACUAACUGCAACUGUGUGUGCGACAGAGAGUGUGGUCCUGGGAUGAAGCUAACCAGUGGCUGUGAAUGUGUGCCUCUAACCUGCAGCAAUGCUCGGACAUACAAUGAAUGCUAUGCAGCUAGAUGCGACCAUAACCCCAACAAAUCUUGCACAUACACUCGUAACAACUUGUGCCUCUGUCCCUGCUGUCUCACGAAGUCCGACCCUCGUUACAGUGCAUGGUGCCUUCACUGGUCGAGAUACGGAAGAUCACAAUGUACUUACAGGCAGAAUGCUGACUUCUGCAAGUGGGGCUGCUAAGUCAGCACUCAACUACCAUAGCAAUCAACGAACAAAUACUGCAGUAGAAUGUGUACGUAUAAUUAUGUAGCUGCUUAAAAAUCAUUAACGAGGACUGUACAAAUAAUUAUUCUUGUUAGAAUUUGUAUAUGAAUACUAUAAUGUGC